CCUGUACCUUCGUCCGUGAUUUCGAGUGGAUUUCAGUAGUUGGACAGUAGGAGCGAAUGAAAGAGAAUCCGUUAGGCUCCAAAAGAUGCAGCUGUCGAAAUAGCGAAUCAAAAUUUGACAGAUUUUAUACCAUACGGUCGUUAGUUUAACGUAUAUAGAAGACAGCCUAGUGUAGGAGUUUCUGGGUGGAGCUGGAUGGCCACCGUGGUGACCGCGAAGAAGGAAAAGCGGCCCGCCCAGGAUGACGUCGACUCCGAUGGCAAAAAGCCCAGGAAGCUGCUGCCCAGCUUGAAGACUAAGCGUGCGGCGGAGCUGGUGCUGGUGGUGGGGACGGGCAUCAGCUCGGCCGUGGCCCCCCAGGUCCCGGCCCUCCGGUCCUGGAAGGGGCUCAUCCAGGCCCUGCUGGACGCGGCCGACGACUUCGACCUGCUGGAGGAGGAGGAGAGCCGGCGCUUCCAGAAGAGUCUGCACGAGGACAAGAACCUGGUGCACGUGGCCCACGACCUCAUCCAGAAACUGUCCCCUCGCACAGACAACGUGCGCUCCACGUUCUUCAAGGACUGCCUUUACGAGGUGUUCGACGACCUUGAGUGUAAGAUGGAGCACACGGGGAAGAGUCUGCUGAGCUCCAUCCUGCAGCUGAUGGAGAGCGGGGCGCUGGUGCUCACCACCAACUUCGACAACCUGCUGGAGAUCUACUCCACCCACCAGGGUGCCCGGCUCGAGUCACUGGACCUGACUGAUGAGAAGAAGGUGCUGGAGUGGGCCCAGGAGAAGAGGAGAAUGAGUGUGCUACACAUCCACGGCGUUUACACCAACCCCAGCGGCAUCGUGCUGCAUCCCGCCGGCUACCAGAACGUUCUGAGGAACACAGAGGUCAUGCGGGAGAUCCAGAAGCUGUACGAGACUAAGUCCUUCCUGUUCCUGGGCUGCGGGCGCACGGUGGAGGACACCACGUUCCAGGCGCUGUUCCUGGAGGCGGUGAAGAACAAGUCGGACCUGGAGCACUUCAUGCUGGUGCGGCGCGAGGACGUGGGCGAGUUCAAGAAGCUGCGCGACAACAUGCUGGACAAGGGCAUCAAGGUCAUCUCCUACGGCAACGAGUACGCCCACCUGCCAGAGUACCUGCAGCGGCUGGCCGACGAGAUCUGCUACCAGGAAACGGCCGCCAACGGCUGGGGCAAAGAGGAGGAAGACAAGCAGAAUGACUUUGACUCUCAGAGGAGCCUGUCAGCCGACUGUCGGUCUUGAGAGGUCCGGCAGGGUCCAGGGCAGGAUAAGCGUCCACCUCUGUCCCUGCAGUUCGAGAGGCUCCACCAUAGAGAUCUGAGGCUGAGAUACUCACGUUUGAAAGAGCCCUGCAAAACUGUCAAACCAUUACCUUCUAAUGCCCUCUUCAUCCCUAAAGCACAGUGUUUUUUUGUUUUAAGAAAGGGAGAGUCUCAGACAAACCCCUGGGGGGAUACUCCACCUCCCACUCCAAAGGGCUAUUAAAAGGGCCCACCCCCCAUGUCAGAGUGUGGGCCCCACCAAGACUGAAGCACCUUCAAUAAAGACUAGCAGCAGCAGCAGCCGGGUUCGAGCCCCCGACAGUGGACUGCAUCAGGAGAACAGCCUGGCAAAGGGAGCUGAUGGGACCUGAGCCAAAGGGAGUCCGACCACAGCAAGGGUCCUCCUCCUGUCCCAGUUCUUAAUAAAAAUGGCUUAAGCCAACACUCAUUUCAAAAAAGUAUUUAAACAUACAUGCACGGUAAUAGAAAAAGAUGUUUACAAAAAAGUUUUAGGUUUGUAGCUACAUGACCACUGCACUCUGUCUUACCUGAAUGAAUCCACCUACAAAAUUUGGUGCAAUAACUGCAGUGUCCACUUGUCCUCCCUUGAUACUGUGAAUGAAAUGUUCGGUUUUGAACUGACAAUCUGUAAUGGGCUAAUGUUUCCUUCAUUAGCAUAGGUUUAGUCGUCCAAACCCAUUGCCACACAUGGUGAGAGAUGCCAGUAGUAGCCCAACCCUCAGUCCAACAAUACCAUUCAGUGUACAGAGUAUGUAAUUCCCUACAACAUAGCCAACUCUGUUGCGGAAGAAAAGUAUUCUUAUAUACAGCCCUUUGUAAUCUUUUAUAUUUGCAGUAUUCCAUGUGUGGUUUCAGUGUUUGAAGUAUUUAUACAUCGUUUUAAAAUAAAUCGUUUUUUUUUUUUGCUAUUUGAUAUUCCCGAGUUUCUUUUAAGUAAUUUCAUCCUAAAUUAAAAAUGAAACUGCUAAUAAAGUUGUUCAAAUCA